AUAGGAAUCCAAAUUCAGAGAAAGAGAGAGAGAUGCUCAGAAACACAGCUAAGAAAGUGGAAAGUUGAGGAAAGAAUUCAAUUUCUGAGUGGGGAUGCUUGGCAAUUUGAGAUUCUCUCUCCUUCAAAAAUCUUUUCUGGAGAGGGGAGUUGGAAACUUCCCGCCCCCAAACAUACCAGCCUCCUCUCUCCUUCCUUUUCCACGCCAGCACAAGAAUCGGCAUAUCUAUCUCUCUCUAUCUGGGAGUUUUGGCGAUUGGAGAAUGCCUCCAGUGCAAGAAUCUCUUGCUUUUCCCACGCCAUCACCAAUAUUCGUUUCUCCUUUAUAUCCUUCCUUAGGGGCCCCCAUGGCCCUCUUCUCCUUACCUUCCCAUUCCUCCUCCUUUUUCCUCUCUCUUCUUUUGUGUUAUUUUCCCUGUGGAGAACGCGUACCGACACCGAGAACGGUUGGUCGAACAAGCCUUGUAAGCGUCCUUCUUAGCCCCUCAUCCGUGGCUUAUGCCAUAGAGAAUCCUUUUUCCAUUCGCCGAACUUAAGCUCGUUUACGUCGAGAAUGGCCGCUUCUGGUACCAAUCAUCUCAUGCAUCCAUGUGUCUCCGGCUGCCAUUCUUCACCUUGCAUUCCUAAGCGAUCUCGAUUAAUAAGGUGGCUUAGCAAGCUGUUCAAGGGGUCAAAUCACAGAAUAACAAAUGGUCGAUGUCCAAGGGCUGUAGGAGAUGAGAAGAUAUCUUGGCAUGCUCCAGUGAAUUCUUUGGAUGAAAGAUCAAGAUCUGAAAAUGAAGAUCUAGACCAUGCAAUCGCACUUUCUUUGGAUGAAGAAUAUAAGAAACACAAUGGUUGCAGGCCAGAAGCUGAUAGUGAUGAAGACCUUGCUAGGGCCAUCCAGGAAAGCAUGAACGUGUCUCUCUACCCAUCCCACCCAACACCAUAUACGCCUGGGCCGUUUUUUCAUCCAGGAAAUAGAAUUUGUGGUGGAUGUCAUCAUGAAAUAUUUUCUGGACGCUACCUAAGCUGCAUGGGAGCCUUUUGGCAUCCUCAGUGCUUCCGUUGCCAUGCUUGUGGGGAGCCAAUAACCGAGUCUGAGUUUUCUUUGUCAGGUUCUGAUCCUUAUCAUAAACAUUGUUAUAAGGAGUUGCACCAUCCCAAAUGUGAUGUCUGCCACCACUUUAUUCCCACAAACAGAGCUGGCCUAAUUGAGUAUAGAGCACAUCCAUUUUGGGGCCAGAAAUAUUGUCCUUCUCAUGAGCAUGAUAACACGCCUCGCUGUUGUAGUUGUGAGCGCAUGGAGUCAAGGAAUACAAGAUUUAUUUCUUUGGAAGAUGGGCGCUGUUUAUGCCUGGAAUGUCUGGAAACUGCUGUAAUGGAUACCGGCGAGUGCCAGCCACUUUACCAUGCCAUCAGGGACUACUAUGAAGGAAUGAACAUGAAACUGGAUCAAGAAAUUCCCAUGCUUCUAGUUGAGAGACAGGCCCUCAAUGAUGCCAUGGAAGGCGAGAAGGGUCAUCAUCACAUGCCUGAGACAAGAGGCCUAUGCCUUUCAGAGGAGCAGACUGUUACCACUAUCUCUAAGAAGCCAGACAUUGGAGAGAACAAAGUAAAAAAUAUGCGAACUCAACAAAAGAGAUUGACUCGAAGAUGUGAAGUCACAGCCAUUCUGAUCCUUUAUGGGCUUCCAAGAUUGUUAACCGGCUCUAUUUUGGCUCAUGAAUUGAUGCAUGGCUGGUUGCGCCUUAAAGGCUACCGCAAUUUAAGCCCCGAGGUGGAGGAAGGAAUAUGUCAAGUGCUGUCAUUUAUGUGGCUUGAGUCGGAAGUGAUGGCGGGCUCAAGUAGUGGUGCAUCCUCCUCAUCCUCGUCAUUUUAUUCAUCGAAGAAAACUGGCAGAAACGACGUAGAGAAGAAGUUGGGCAAAUUCUUCAUGCAUCAAAUAGCACAUGACACUUCAACAGCUUAUGGAGAUGGGUUCAGAGCUGCCAACAGAGCUGUGAACCAGUAUGGGCUACGACGCACUCUCGACCACAUCCAUAUGACAGGACAGCUUCCAUUGUAAGAGGGUGCAUUGUAUUACUAAGCCAUCCUAACUGCAGAACUAAUGCAAAAGCCUGGUUCUAGAAUGAUUGCCUCGUUGUUUUUGAAGGGGUUUUAUCGAUGCUGGAAGAAUCACAGUAGAAUAUUGGUUUGUACUUAUUGUUAAAUAAUUAUUUAUUUUCACAGAAGUAUUCCAUGUCUUA